GUGUUUGUUAAUCAUUAUACAUUAGGGCAUACCUUCACAGGGCCUUAUUCAUACUAGAUUAUCAGAAAAUGUCUUGUAAAUUAAAUAAAUGGAAAAGAAAAGGAAGGAUGAUAUGGUACAAAGCAGGCAGACAAUGGAAAGGUAGGUUGUGGCCUGAUUGUAGAGUCCUUUAUUGACAGACUACAUUUGGACUUUAUUCUGUAAGGACAGAGAUGUGAACCUUUCAGAGGAGAGGAGCAUCAUAAUGAAAUGGAACCCAUGGAUCAAGGGGCUUCUUUGUAAUGUGACAACAAGUUUAAAAGAGGAAAGUUUAGGAAGGGAGACCGCUAUUGAUGGUCCAAUUUCAGAAUUUCAAACAAUCACUUACCAUAGGUUGGGAUACUUCUUGUGGAAAGGAGACUAAAAGUUUGCAGGCAUCUGGAAGCCCUGCCCCUUUACCACCACCUCCCUGCCUCCUGCCCGCAUUCCCUCCUUUCCUGUCAGUGAGCCAAAGACGGACCAGGAAGUGAGUGUGAGGUUUUGGAAAUCACGGAUCUGUUGCUACUGAAUGUAAUACCAGAAUGUUUUUUCAGAUCUUUCUCCAUUUUGUCAGCAAUCUUUCUACCAUUGCAGUGGGUUUCUUUUCUGUGAUGGUACGUUGGAUCUCAGUUUUGAAGAAGUAUGUGGAAAGUACUCGUCAGAAGAAGGCAAUCUUCAAUAAGCAAGAGAGACUUCCAUGUAUUGCACCACUAGUAACCACGGUGGAGGAGACACCACAGAUUGUCUCUGCUUACGUCCGAGGACAUUUUCCUCAGUGGCUCCGUGGCUACCUGCUUCGAGUUGGGCCUGGGAAAUUUGAAUUUGGGAAGGAUAAGUACAAUCACUGGUUUGAUGGGAUGGCUUUGCUUCACCAGUUCAGGAUGGAGAAGGGCACAGUGACAUAUAGAAGCAAGUUCCUACAGAGUGAUACUUAUAAGGCCAAUAGUGUUCAUGAUCGAAUUGUGAUCUCAGAAUUUGGCACGCUGGCUGUCCCCGACCCCUGCAAGAAUGUUUUUGAACGUUUCUUAUCAAAGUUUGAAGUGCCUGCAAUAACUGACAACACCAAUGUCAACUACGUGCAGUACAAGGGUGACUACUACCUUAGUACUGAGACCAACUUUAUGAACAAAGUGGACAUCAAAACUCUGGAAAAAACCGAAAAGGUAGACUGGAGGAAAUUCAUUGCUGUGAAUGGAGCAACUGCACAUCCUCACUAUGACGCUGAUGGAACAGCUUACAACAUGGGGAACUCCUAUGGGUCACAUGGUUCUUGCUAUAAUGUUAUUCGAGUUCCUCCAGAGAAGGUGGAUCUUGGGGAGACAAUCCAUGGAGCCCAGGUGAUAUGUUCUAUUGCCUCUGCAGAGGGGAUGAGACCUUCUUACUAUCAUAGCUUUGGAAUGACAAGGAACUACAUAAUCUUUAUUGAACAGCCUCUAAAGAUGAAUUUGUGGAAAGUUGUCACUUCUAAAAUCCGGGGAAAGUCCUUUGCAGAUGGAAUAAGCUGGGAACCCCAGUAUAAUACACGGUUUCAUGUGGUGGAUAAGCACACUGGACAGCUUCUUCCAGGGAUGUACUACAGUAAACCUUUUGUUACUUUUCAUCAAAUCAAUGCCUUUGAGGACCAGGGCUGUGUUGUAAUUGAUUUGUGCUGUCAAGAUGAUGGAAGAAGCCUAGAAGUUUACCAACUACAGAAUCUCAGGAAAGUUGGGGAAGGGCUUGAUCAGGUCUAUAAUUCAGUAGGCAGAUCUUUCCCUCGAAGGUUUGUUUUGCCCUUGCAUGUCAGUUUGAAUGACCCCGAGGGACAGAACCUCAGCCCGUUGUCCUAUUCUUCAGCCAGUGCUGUGAAACAGGCUGAUGGAAAGAUUUGGUGCUCCUAUGAAAAUCUACAUCCUGAGGGUCUAGAGGAUGAAGGAGGUAUUGAAUUUCCCCAGAUCAACUAUGGCCAAUUCAGUGGCAGAAAGUAUCGUUUCUUCUAUGGCUGUGGCUUUCGGCAUUUGGUGGGGGAUUCUCUGAUCAAGGUGGACGUGGCAAACAAAACACUGACGAUUUGGAGAGAAGAUGGCUUCUACCCCUCAGAACCUGUGUUUGUUCCUGCACCAGGAACCAGUGAAGAAGAUGGUGGGGUUAUUCUCUCUGUGGUGAUCACCCCCAAGCAGAAUGAAAACAAUUUUCUACUAGUCUUGGACGCCAAGAACUUUGAAGAACUGGGCCGAGCCGAAGUGCCCGUGCAAAUGCCUUAUGGGUUCCAUGGCACCUUUGUCACCAUCUGAUGGAACAACUCACAAGGCCUAGAAACUAAGUUUACAAUGAACAUUCUCUGUACAAAAAAAGAGAGCAAAAAAGGCACCUUACCUUCCAAACUGUAGAGAUCUGGUUGUAAAAUUUCUAUUAAAAAACAAAUUCUUGGGGUGCCUGCGUGGCUCAA